UCUAGCACCAUUGGAAUGGCAUUGUAUUUCAGCCUGCCUUCCGUUUAUUUCUCCCUCCCAUGCUUGCUCCACAGGCCACUCGUGGCCUUCCGAGUGAUGAACGGUCCACAUUUUCCCAAGCAUCUUCAAUGCCUUGCAAGCGAUCAGGUCCAUGUAUUAACAGAUCAGAGGCGAUCAGCAAACUACACGCCCAGCAUUUGGGACUAUGAUUUCAUACAGUCGCUAAGCAGUGGCUAUGAGGGUGCCAUGCACGCGAGGCAAGAGCUGGAGGAAGCGGUGAGGUGUUUGCUCCAGGAAACAUCGGAGCCGUUGGAUCAACUUGAGCUGAUUGAUGCUGUCCAACGACUGGGCUUGGGGUAUCUCUUCGAAGUGGAGAUCAAAGGCGCCCUGAAAGCUCUGUCGUCCAUCAGCAACAAGGACUUGAGGAUUGAAGAGGAUCUCUAUUCCACAGCUCUUAGGUUUAGGCUCCUUAGACAGCAUGGGUACCAGGUCUCAGAAGAUGUUUUUGAUAGCUUCAUGGAUGGAAUGGGCACUUUCAAGGCAUGCCUGUCCCAGGAAACAAAGGGAAUGUUGAGUUUGUACGAGGCCUCACAUCUUUCUAUAGAAGGAGAGACUAUCUUGGAUGAGGCCAAAUCUUUUACAAGUAGACAUCUCCAGGGUCUCAAAGGGAAGGUGGGGUUACAUCUUGAAAGGAGACUGGACCAUGCAUUGAAGCUUCCCUUGCAUUGGAGGAUGCCAAGAUCAGAAGCCAGGUGGGCCAUAGACACAUACAAGGGAGAAGUGGGCAUGAAUCCCAUCUUACUUGAACUGGCGAAGCUUGAUUUCAAUAGGGUGCAAGCCAAACACCAGAGAAAUCUUAGAAAGAUGUCAAGGUGGUGGAGGGAUCUGGGCCUUGGAGAGACGUUGAGCUUUUCUAGAGACCGUUUGAUGGAAUGUUUCUAUUGGGCUCAAGGUGUGGCCUUUGAGCCUCAGUUUGGACAUUGUAGGGAAGUACUUACCAAAGCCGCUCAGCUAAUAACAACCAUUGAUGAUGUUUAUGAUGUUUAUGGAUCCUUGGAUGAAUUAGAGCUCUUCACCGAAGCCGUUGAUAAGUGGGAUGCUAAGGCAGUGGACCAACUUCCAUACUACAUGAAGAUGUGCUUUCUAGCUCUUUAUAAUACUACAAAUCAAAUAGCUUAUGAGGCCCUCAAGGAUCAGGACUUGGACAUCAUACCAUACCUAAGCAAAGUGUGGGCAGAUUUUUGUAAAGCAAUGCUAGUUGAGGCAACGUGGUGCAACCAGAGAUAUCAGCCCACAUUGGCAGAAUAUUUGAACAAUGGAUGGAUUUCGUCAUCAGGGGCUGUCUUGCUGGUUCAUGGAUUUUUAAAUGCAAACCAAACAAUAAAGAAGGAAGCAUUAGAAUGCUUAGAAAAUGAUCCAAAUAUCAUACGCUGGCCAGCUAUGAUUCUCCGACUUUGCAAUGAUUUGGCAACUUCAAAGGUUGAGCUUGAGAGAGGUGAUGUCCCAACAUCAAUUCAAUGUUACAUGAAUGAUGCCAACGUUUCGGAGAGGGUCGCCCAUGAACACAUCAAAGGCCUGAUUGCCGACAUUUGGAAGAAGAUGAAUGAAGAAUGCGGACCCCAAUCUCCUUUCCCGGAACCAUUUGUCAACAUGGCUUUUGAUCUUGCAAGGAUGGCCCACUGCAUUUACCUAUAUGGAGAUGGUCAUAGCAAUCCAGACGGCGAUACCAAGGAACGAAUCAUGUCAUUAUUGGUCGAACCUAUCCCACUUAAUGCGAGAUUGGCACAUACUUCUAAAAGCAUUUGCUGAAGUCUACGCCUCUAUGAGCAGUUCGCAGCAUCCACGAACUUUUUAAAUGACACGAGGGACCCACAAUCAUCAAUCAGGACGGUUCAUUUAAUAGCACCACGAGGAAGAAGCAAGGUGUCAGAACUACAGCCAAUUGAAUGUUCCCAAUCCUUUGAACGUGGACAAUUUGUUAUAUCCAUCCCUUGCUUGUGAGCCACAGCUCAUAGGAUUAGAAUCAUCAAACUAAAGUGCUAGUAUGGAACCAUAAACAAUAAAAGAAAAAGUGGGGUCUACCAUAUAGAUAUUUCAAGAUGAUGGUUGGAUUUAUUUUCUCUCCUGCUCAAUUUUAUUUUGAUUGUCCAUUUUUCAUAUUAUUGAUCAGAUGUUUAUGAUCAUCUUAUUGGUAUGAUUUUUAUACUA